AAAACUCUUUUUUCCCCCAAAAGAUAAGCAGAUCGAUCGAAGGUAAAGAAUGGCUGAGGUGACUAAACCCGAAGCUUCUAGUUUGGUUGGGACGCUUGAGACAAAAGUGGAGAUCAAAGCUUCGGCUGGACAGUUCCAUCACAUGUUCGCAGGAAGACCACACCAUGUCUCCAAAGCAUCUCCAGGCAACAUUCAAGGCUGUGAUCUGCAUGAAGGUGACUGGGGAAAAGUCGGCUCUAUUGUCUACUGGAACUACGUACAUGAUGGGGAGGCCAAGGUGGCGAAAGAGAGAAUCGAGGCGGUGGAGCCGGAGAAAAAUCUGAUCACGUUCAGGGUUAUAGAAGGUGAUUUGAUGAAAGAGUACAAAAGCUUCUUGCUUACGAUCCAAGUGACCCCGAAGCAGGGAGGGCCAGGGAGUAUUGUGCACUGGCACCUUGAGUUCGAGAAAAUAAGCGAGGAGGUUGCUCAUCCCGAAACUCUCCUCCAGUUCUGUGUUGAAGUCUCCAAAGAGAUCGACGAACAUCUCUUGUCCGAAGAAUAGAGGAGAGAAUACUCCUGGUGUGACUAUAGUCCUGU